AUGUCCUCCAGAAAAACUAUACUUUUACUUUAUUGCUGGAUUUUUAUCAGCUUCCGAAAGCACCAUGAAAUUAAAGCACGUCGUCAGAUACUACCAGCCAAACUACUUCAGGUACUUCAGAGUAGUCUUUAUCAUAAACAGCACCAUCUAUCACAGGGUUGUUCUGCAGAAUUGUUUCAUCGAAAGUCGCAUCCACGAUUUCUGAUUCUGUGCCGUAGUCAACCAUCAGUAGCUGUUGCUGCAUAUGAGGGUAUUCAGGAUGCGAUGAAGGAAUGCCGUGAACAUAUGUACUAUAAUCCAUGGGAUUGUACCCAAAUAAGUACUGUAUUGCACGAUUCACCUAUUCUACAUUCAGGUUUCUUUUUUUCCGUCGUUGGUAAAUUUUUUAAUGUCAGAUAUAAUCAAUUUAGCGGUAACAGCAUUGGUAUGUCGCUAGUGGCAGCAGUUGGCGGAAAAGCAACUGCAAAGGCUUCUUCCACUAAAAAACGUCUUCGUUUCAAAAAUAUUCUCCAGAACUCACCGGACUCCUUCCAUAUUUCAGGUACAAAAGAAGCAGCGUAUCUGUGGGCGUUGUCAUCAGCCGGAGCCGCAUGGGGCGUGGCAACCGCAUGUGCUGCCGGUUGGCUAAGCGAAUGCGCAUGCGAUGUUACGGUAGGGAAUAAGCACAGCUAUGAAUGGGGCGGCUGCUUACAGGGUAUAAACUAUGGCCUAAAGAUGGCCAGAAAAAUGUUGGCAAGACCAUCGGAUGGUACACUUUUACGGACAAUUGAAAAGCAUAAUCUAAAAGUUGGACGAAUAAUGGUACGAAAAACACUGGUACAGGACUGUAAAUGUCACGGUGUGAGUGGAAGUUGUGACCAAAAAACAUGUUACCAUAAGCCGGCACACCUAAGGACCAUUGCUGCACAUUUAACUAGAAAAUUUCUUAGGGCUAAAAGAGUGACUGGUGAAAAUCUGAAAGGUAAAAACACUGAACUGAUAUAUACUGAAGAAAGUCCCGAUCCUUGUUUAACGUCGACAACAUCAAAUCGGGUAUGCGCAUGGAGCAAUGAAACGCAUCAUAAGGGCGAUUGUAAACGGCUCUGCUGCGGUCGCGGGCAUAAGGUAUAUUAUUUGCUCAUUAAAAGUAGCGAGCUGGAGUCUCGGCAAUGUAACUGUCAAUUCAUAUGGUGUUGCAGUGUUCAAUGUAAUACAUGCUUCAGUCAUGUAACGCUAUCCACGUGUAAGUAAAU